AUGCGUCAUCCCGCUGCACCCACCAUAAUUGCUGUACUACUUGGUUUCCUCUUCUUCAUGGUUGUCUGGAGCAGAGUAUGCGCCGAUGACCAUCACGAGGGAAAUCCUCAUCCAGACGAUAUUCCACGCAAGAAGGAGAAAGAGGAGGUGAAUCUUAUCAGGGAUGAAGCCAGUACAGCACAAGAUGAUCAAAGCAUUUGA